UCGGAAUUUCGACUCCACGUCUAAUGUGGCACUCACAAGUUAGACUCAGACAGGUAUGUAUACCCUGAGUUUAGUGAGAGUCGAGUGACGAGUCCCUUUUCUUGUGGGAUUGGUACCAGGACUCAGCACACUCCCUUGGAAACUUCUGUCCGAGUAGCAAGAGUUGCAAAAGCUUCAGCCUCCUGAAAUCCUGCGAAAGAUCCGUCACCCCCCACUACAUGUGUGGUCCCAAAGAUACCCAUGACAAUUAAGCCAACCUGAAGUCAGAAAGGCAACAACAAAAGCACUCAACCAUGUCCUCCCGCCGACGUUCCAGUGUGGCUGAAGCCCAUGACAUUUACCUGAAAUACCACCGUCACAUUGGGGACGAAGCUGAAGCCAAAGAAGAUGUGCCAACAACAGAUCUUGGUGGUCGCGAUCACAAGCCAGUACCAACGUUCCCAAUGUUUCACAGGGUGAUGAAAACGGGUGUCAUUUAUGCUACCAGUCGAGCACUUUCUCAUGGCUUCUCUAAUACCACAGAAGAAGAAUGGGCCAACAUGGGCCAAGGAGCUCCCGAAACUGGCCCCUUGCCAGGGGCGCCCUCUCGAGACUUUACAUUGACCAUUCCAGAUUCCGAGCUGGAAUAUGCUCCCGUCACAGGUCUCCCCGAGCUUCGUGAAAAGGUGGCCCAAUACUACAAUCAUCUCUAUCGACAAGGCAAGGACAGUCAAUAUACCAUAGACAAUGUCUGCAUUGUCCCAGGAGGACGGGCUGGCAUUACCCGUGUCAUGGCUAUCCUGGGUACCGUGCAAGUGGGAUACUUUACACCGGAUUACACCGCCUAUGAGCAGGCCCUGGGCUUGUUCUUACGAGUAUCACCGUCUCCACUGUUGCAUCGAAAUGUCAAUGAAGCCCUCAUGCCGGCAGGAGAAUUUGAGUUUCAAUGUCAAGGACGCGGAUUGGGAGCGGUGCUGGUAUCCAACCCGGCCAAUCCAACCGGACAAAGCAUUGAAGGCGAUACACUCAAGGAGUAUCUGGAUAUUGCGAGAAGAACUAGUACUUCCAUUAUAAUGGAUGAGUUCUAUUCACAUUACUACUAUGAUGGCGAGGGCGUCAGCCCAGAAGAUGGUGGUGCAGAUAAUGACACCAACUGGCCAAAGACAGUGAGCAGCGCCUCAUACAUUGAUGAUGUCAAUGCAGACCCUAUUUUGAUUGUCAAUGGAUUGACCAAAAACUGGAGGUGCCCUGGAUUUCGUGUUUGCUGGAUCGUGGCCCCCAAGGAAAUCGUUUCCAUGUUGGGAUCUGCUGGCAGCUAUCUGGAUGGAGGUGCCAACGCUCCUCUUCAGCGACUGGCAUUGCCACUCAUGGAUCUUGAUUUUAUUCGACGUGAUGCCUGGGCAUUGCAGAAGCACUUUCGAGCCAAGCGAGACUUUUUGUUGAAGGAAUUGGCCAAUCUGGGUAUUCGUGUUAUGUGGAAGCCUACAGCCACAUUCUACAUCUGGGCAGAUAUUUCACAGCUCCCACCACCACUCAACGACAGUUUAGUCUUCUUGGAAGAAUGUACCAAGCACAAGGUUAUCUGUGUUCCUGGAGUAUUUUUCGAUAUCAACCCGAGAGGGUUGAAGCAAGUGCACAGGAGCCCUUGCAUUGCCAAUGUGCGUUUCUCGUACGGCCCAAAGAUGUCAACUUGGAACUUGGAAUUCAGCAGAUUGGCAAGAUGAUCCAGGAGUGGAAGGACAAUCCAAAGUCUUGCGAUGCCUAUGUUGAGAAAAACAUGCUUGCCCAUGGGUGAGCCUCUGUAUCC